AUGAAAAUAACUACGAUUAACCAAGAGAGAAAUCCCCUAGUUACACAUGCCCCUAAUGUUGGUACAGGAUUAUGUCAGCAAUUUCUUACAAAUAAACAAUUAGAUAAAAACAAUCAAAUUACAAACCUUCCGAUCGCCAAUCCUGUUGUUUCUGCCAGAAAAGGUAGACCUCCUAGUAGAGCAAAAAGCACCAUUGAGAUUCAAGAACUGCAUACAAAAAAAUUUCAGAAUAAUAGAAAGCGAUGUCAAAGAUGUGGUCAAAAGGGUCAUAAUCGAGCUACUU